AAAAUAAAUAUAAACAUAAAACGGAGAUGUUUUAAAAAAACUGACUCAAAAAGAAACGGAAAGCGGCGGCGAAGGGCAGAAAGGCGGAGGAACCUCCCCUUCGAGGAGGAGGAAUGGUUCAGUUCGCAAGAUGGCGGCCACCAUGAAGAAGGCGGCAGCAGAAGACGUCAAUGUUACCUUUGAAGAUCAACAGAAAAUCAACAAGUUUGCAAGAAACACCAGUAGAAUUACAGAACUGAAAGAAGAAAUAGAGGAUAAAAAGAAACAGCUUCAGAACUUGCAAGAUGCAUGUGAUGACAUCAUGAUGCUUGAUGACGAUUCACUAUUCAUACCUUAUCAAAUUGGAGACGUCUUCAUUAGCCACCCCCAAGAUGAGACGCAAGAGAUGUUGGAAGAGGCAAAGCAAAACCUGCAGGAAGAAAUUGGAGCUUUGGAAUCUCGAGUGGAAUCAAUCCAGAGAGUAUUAUCAGACCUUAAAAUCCAGCUUUAUUCAAAGUUUGGCAACAAUAUAAAUCUUGAAGCUGAUGACAAUUAAAUAUCCUAGAAAUAGUAUCCUGGUCCCCCUUUCUUAACUCUCAUGUUUUUAGAAGCCCUACCCAUUUUUUUUUUAAAACCACAUUCAUUUGUCUGCUUCACGUAUUUAAUGAAAUAAUUAUUUGGCAAGCCUAUAAUUAUUUAUAUGUUUAAAGUAAUUAGAUUCAAAUUCAUUUGGUACAUGAUCAAGUGGAGAAUGUUUAAAGGUUUGCAAAAAUAAUAGUAAACAUCAAGCAAACA